UAGAUUUACUUUUAAUAAAUGUAAAUCCGUUUCAUUUUUUGAUUUCAGACUAUCCAGUUUUUCACAGUGUUGGUCACCGCAACUCGCCUUUUUCGGAUGGACCUCACUUCUACGGGGCAUAACUUUGAAACCCCUAAAUAUUUUCUACUUUUUUUUUUUCAAAUUUCAGUUAAAAUAAUGUACUUUCACAUAAUAAAACGAUAUUUCAAAAAAAUUCAAUAGUUUACGAGAAAAAAAUUCAGAAAAAAUGCCUAUUUUUUGGCCCUCCAAGUGCGCAUGCCCCCUUAAAAAGACUGGUGACAUUUGAAAAGUAAGCUCUCGAAUUGCGACAAAACCAGUUGGGUAGUUUUAUAAUUCUUUAUAUAAAGGCGAAGAGUGCAGCCCGACCACCUGUACUAAAGGGCUUAGUAAUGGCUUAACCACAGAGCGAUCUUUGGUCGUGAAUAGUCAUCUACCAAGGUGACGUGCGAACCUAUGGUUGUUAAAUCAAAGUCUUCUUCGCCCACUUUAACAGGUUCUAUUUUUUCAAUACUCAAAUAAGAAUUUAAAAGAAUUUCGUUUUAAAAGAAAAAAAACUUAAAUUAACAUAGUAACAUUUAAGCAGUACCAUUAUGUUAUGUUUAAUUGUAUUCAUAUAUUUUGAAUAAUUUUCCAAGUAUUUAAUAUUUUGGUUAUAAAACUGAAAUGAUUUUGAAAAUUUGUUAAAUGUUUUAAAUAAAAAUAACGUUUUCUGAAGUACCAGUGCUGGUAAGCGGGCGAUAAGCGAUUGUUAUCGAUAGCUAUCGGGCUAGCGAGACGGUCACACUUUUUUGAUGAGCGGUGCGAGUUUUUUCUCUGCAGGUAAGCUGCUCGUACCUUUGAUAUUCCAAAUCAAAUCAAAAUCGACUCGCAGCACGGGCAGACGCAGACCAGUUUAGAACUCCGCGACGCAUACGUAAAGAGGAUCGAACUCGGUGUCGAUGCUAAUUUCCACCAUAUAAAUCGGCCGCGACUUCUUGGAGGCAGCGCACUAGCUAGAGACAUUCCGCCGGGACAACUGCCUGCAGCAAGAAGCCACACCAAGCCAAUCCACCUCCAAUCCAAACUGAACCAGGCUACCUGUGACUGCGCGACUGGGAUUUCGUAAUCCCAGCAAAGAAUAGCACCAGCCAGCCAUUGGAGCGCGAGUGAAAGUGCGCGUGUAUUUGUGCAGCGGGACAGAGAAUCUUGCGUGUAAUCAACUGCCUCCGGCGUCAUCCCGAGUCAUCCGAGUACCGAGCACCGAGUCCCACAUCGCCACCGUCCACAAUGAGCGGAUACACAGACCUCACCAAGCUGGAGACCAGUCGGAACACCCGGCGCCGCAUCGCCUGUCACGAUGAGCAGCAGUUCUCCAAAGACAGCAUCGUCAACGUGAUGGAGAAGUUCGUGAAGACUGUCAACAUAAUGGACGAUACCAUACUGGUGCCAUGCAGGCUCAUGGAUCGACAGAUCGGCGACAGCACCGACAUCAUACCUGCCUCGGGCAAGGACUCCACCGCCAACCAACUGACGCAGAGCUCCAGUGCCCAGGGCAAGCGGGGAGCGGUGCACUCGAAGAACGUACACGAAUUCCUCAGCGCCUCCGAACUGUUCAACCUCUACAACAUGCUCAACUCCCUCAAAAAGGACCUGUUGUGGACAGCCAACCAGGAGGACGAGGACCACCCGCAGCUGCAGCCACAGAUCCAGCCAUCAGCCAUCCCCAAUCCCAGCGAGAGCAAGACUGACUCCAGCACCACAGCGGCGACGACGACGGGUGCCCACGUCAAAGGCCAUGUGCGUCGCACCUCUACCGCCUCGAUGAUGUCCACCAACUCGGUGAGCAACAUGAGCGACUCGGACUCUGACAUCUCGCAGGAGAACGACUCUGGCUUGGAGUCGGACGGCAACAAGAGCGACAACGCCCAGAGCAGCGACGGCAGCGACAUCGUGGACGUGGCCAAGUCGAAGCAGGCCAGCGGGGACAAGGCCACGGAGCUGGCCCAGCGCUGUCGGAGGCACCUGAACGGCCUGUACGAGUGCCUGGAACAAAUGACAGAGGCGGCCAACUACCUGACCGCCAGAUACCAAAGUGAUAUUGGGCCCGUCUAGGAAGCUCAACCGAACGCCUUCUUCUCCCCAUCGUCCUGGUCCCCAAUCCCUCGUAGUCCUGGGAAAUCUUCGGGUCGGGCGGGUCUACUCUCAUUAGUAUCAACCAACAUUAGUGCAACCAAGUGUGAGGUCUUCUUUAAUCGUAAUCUUUAAACGUAGUCGAGGGGGGGUCUAACUAUAAGACAUAUGAGGAUCGUAUGUGUGCAUGAGCGAUUGUAUAAAUGAGUAACUGAUGAGGAUAGCUAUAGUAGUUACGGGUAAAGCAGCUCCUAAGCAAGAAGCCACCGACAGUGGUGGUUUGUGUAAGUCGAAAGCUCUUCAUUUAUAUUUCUAUUGUAUGGGUUGAGGGGUGCUGGGUGUCCAGCUGGACACUGGGUGGCCCUCUCCCCACUCUAUGCUAUUUUAUUUCGUAUAUAUAUUGGAUAAAAGCUAUGGGUACUGCAGAAAAACAAAAAACACAAAAAAAUCAAACAAAACAAAAGAAAAUAUGCAAAAAAUGUUCAAGUACAAGAAAUCUAAUUUCUAACUAAAUUACGAUUACGAACACUUCUACUAGCCUGUACGCAAGUUUAUGUAUUCCACACAAUUGUUAUUGUAAUUGUUUAAGCCAACUAUUUGUGCCGUUAUGUUUCGUUUGGUUUUCGUCCGGGCCACCCAGCGGCGAGCGACCAGGUCGGCGAGGUCGGACUGACCCUUCCAGCAGACAGUCCUCUGGGCCUGGUUGUCGCCGGACCGGCAGCCGAGAUGCGAAAGGCAAACUGUAAAUUACUAACGUUAAUAACGCUUGUGAGCGAGAGCUAAAGAGAAUUAUUUAUACACAAUAAAUAAAUUUUACUUAGAAA